UCACUGAGAAACGGAGAAAUUGGAUUCUGCAGGGGAAGAAAAAUCAAAAUCAAGAUCGGGUCAGGAUUUCUCUUCUUUCUAAGGUAUAAUGAAUUCCUUCUCUUUAUCUUCUUGUUCUUCUUUUGAAAAGAAAACUGGAUUUAGGUUUGAACAUAUACCUACAGAAAUAAUAGAAGAUAUAUUGGCUAGGUUACCAGCUGAAACAGUCUUAGAUUGUAAACUUGUUUGCAAAAAAUGGUUAAGUGUUAUUCGUGAUUGUUGUUUUCCUGAGAAACAUUUACAUUAUCAAUUACUCCAAUUUCACUAUUUUCACAACCAUAAAUAUUACCCUUCUUAUAAAAAGAAUAAGGUUACUACUAAAAUUGGAUUCAUAGUUGGUGUCGACGGAACACCUGAUGAUGAUGAAUACACAAUGGUUUACAAGGAGUUCGAUGACAGAGUGAUUACAACUUAUAGAAUCAACCACCAUGUGUUAUGUGUACCUGGUGAUGAAUGGGUCGGGUCCUGUAAUGGUUUGAUAUGCAUAGCUAAAUACAUUUUUAACAAAGAGGUAUUAUAUGUAUUUAAUCCAAUUACUAGAAAGUGUGUUUAUCUACCGAGAUUAACAUUAUACGAGGUUGCAACAAUUUCACAUAUGUCUCGCGGAUUUGGUUAUAGUGCUACUUCUAAGAAAUACAAGGAUGUUAGAAUUUUAUACAGCAAAGUGGAGAACAGUGAUGAAUGCCUUGGGUUAGUUCAAGUUUAUACUCUUGGUGGUGGGAGCGGCUGGAGAGUCAAAGAAACCAUUGUGCAUUCUUUUAACAGUGCGCAUUCGUUUAUCAGUGAUCCUGGUGCAUAUGUAGAUGAAUCUCUUCAUUGGUUGAACAAGGAAAGGCAAGUAUGGGCGUUUGAUUUGUCCGAUGAAAAGUUCUGUUUGUUAACAACGUUACCUUUCAGUUGUGAUACAAAUAAUGCACAACGUCAACAAAAAUUAGUAGUUCUGGGUGGGUGGUUGUCUGUUGUUGAUAUUCAUCUCAAUCAUGUAGAUAUAUGGUCUUUCAAAAAAUUUGAAGAAAAGCAGAAGCUAAGGAGUUGGAGUAAGGGGUUCUCUAUUGGUUGGAGUGGUCUUUUUGAAGUAGUCGGCCUUACAAAUAAGGGAGAGCUUCUAUGUUUCAGGAUUAAUGAAAAUAUCUGCCUCUACAGUAAAUAUUCAGAACCUAUAUGUGAGCUCAAAGAAACUCCUACAAUCAAAUACGGAAUGUUACAUGUGAACAGUUUUAUCUCUAUAAAGGCUUUGGAGGAAGAAAACGUGCAGGUAAUUGGAUCACCCGAAAGAAGUGAAGGAGCAAUUAGUGAAGACGAGCUCGAUGCAUAAAGAAGGAUAUUCUACCUAGCUCAGUUGAAGAUUUGGAGCAGUAAUUUACCUGAUAGGCUUUGGAAUUUAGAAAGCUUGAUAUAUUGAACUAUAUCAAUGGAAUGUUUACUUCAUUUCUUGUAGGAGUGAAAUAUCGCACAUUCAUUAUGUAUGUGAAAUAAAGGUCAUCUAAUGUAAGCGAAGACCAUCGCAUAUAUUAAAAUUAGGAUGACGUAUUUAAUGAUGUCAGCAUAGUCACGAGUAAAGUGUGAUGAUCUGUGCGAAAGUGUAAGGUGUGCGAAGUUGAGCGAAUGUAUAUGAGCGAUUGUAAUGUACAGUAAUUCCGAAAAUAGGAGAUCUAUUAGCUGUCGUCCACUAUGUAUUACCCUAUAUAAAGGGAAGGAAACUGUGUAUUGGGAGAUCUCU